UCCAUAUUCUCAACAAUGCUUAUUUUUUCUUUUUUGGAUCACAGCCAGCCUAAAGGUGUGAAAGAGGGUGAAAUUUUGACGGAGGAGGGACAAGCCAGCUUUUCAGGCAACAGCACCCUGGAGGGGCCAUGGUUAUCUGCUAUGGCAGGUGCGGUGUACCCCAGACAGGCCCCUGUGGAUUUAGACAUAUACCAAAGCUCCUACAUGGUUGACUAUCAACCCUACGGGAAGGACAAAUACUCCAGGGUCACACCACAAGAGCAGGUGAAGCUGGAUGCCCAACUCCGGGACAAAGAAUUGUAUAGGCCCAUCCCCAGCUCCAAGCCCAAGCUAGAGGAUGGGUACCCCGCCUUCAGAACACUCCACAUGACCGCCAGAGACCUGGGGCAGCCCGGCUUCUUCCCCCCGCAGGACCAUGGGACCGCAGCAGAGGACGAAUGCAGGUUCACCAGUAUCUGCCGUUCCGUGUACCCCGCUUGCCACCCCCUGUACCUGGCCCAAGGUGAUCCCAACCGGGGCCGCCAGAGCACCGGCUUUCCAUGCCUCCUGGAGCCUGAGCGCCAGCCUGCGGCGGACGUGGGCAAAGGCUACUUUCUACUGCCUGGCUGUCUCUGUCCUUAUCACCACAAAGUCAAGUUCCCCAUCUUGAACCGAUGGGGCCCCUUGAUGCCAUUUUACCAGUAGGAUGGGCAGGAGCCCCUUCGGGGGUGCCGUGGCAAUCCUCCCUCUCCCAAGGAAGCCCCCUACCCCCCCCCCCCCACCCC